GGCCGAGUCCCAACGGCACCGGCUUUGUUUCCGAAGAAUCACGAGGUUGUUCACAAGGAAAACGCGACGAGCUUGGACCACAGCAUCCAAGUGAGAAGGAUCAGUGGACAGGGAGGGGGUCAGGGGUACAAUACGGAUCCGUACAACAUUUAUGGCGCCCCCACUUCGCUGCCAAUGCAUUAGCGUCCGGUCUCCGUCCCACAACAACCACCAGACCACGGCGCCGGAGCUGAUCCACUCCCGACUCCCGCUCCGUACGAUAAAGCCUCCCGCCCGGAAGCUACCGACCCCAUCACCGCGGCAGCCAUGUCAACUCCGCUCUCAUCCCGCGCCGUAACCGGCCCCGGCCUCCCCACCCCCAGCUACGGUGAGGGCGGGACGUUCUCAAUCCAGUGCUCAUCCCGCAUCGCAGCCACGCCACGGGACUGCCUGGACGUCAUUAUCAACACAACAGACUACCCCACCUGGAACCGCUUCUGCAGAAAAUGCACCAUCGACUCACAACCCAAUGAUGCAUGCACUGAACCACACAACCUGACCCUGGAGCUCGGCACCCAGUUCACCUUUGACGUGCAUCUCAACUUGGACGAACACGACGGCACGCCCGGCCGGCCCACCGCCCUGGAGGUCAGCGUGCUGGAGCCCAUUGACGAGGAGGACGACCCCGAGGACGACGACGCGGCCGCCGCCGACGUCGGCCGCCGCCGCAAAGGGUGGCGCAUCGCUUGGAGGCAGCGCGGAAGCCUGCUCAUGCCCGCGUGGAUGCUCCGAUCCGAGCGGGUGCAGGAGUUUGUUGAGGUUAAUGGUGGGUCGGAGACUGAGUAUCGUUGCUGGGAGACAUUUUAUGGCCUGCUGGCGCCUGUAGUGCGGUUAGCCGUGGGGAGGCAGGUUGAGAAUGGAUUUGAUGCGUGGUUGGCGGGGUUGAAGCGGAUGGCCGAGGCUGAGAAGACGGGUCAGAUUGCUCUCUUCGUCUCGGAAAACUGGACCCAACCGCCCUCAACACGUCUCAUCUGCACCGUCGAGCCCGAGGCUCACAACUUACUAUACUCGCUAAGCUACCAAGAAGCCACGAAGAUGCCUCUCAAGGAUCCAAAAGGCCUCCUGAGCUUCCGUCAACGCCCCCACAGCCACAAAAGAGACCUUUCUGCCGUCGCCGGCUUUGACAGGAUAUUCCUCGCUUACGGCUUGGCGGCUCAGUAG